GAACGCCACAAAGGACCAGGACGAGACAGACUACACCCUGCCAGCCUGAACAUGAGCAGCUUCCCCAUCCUGCACCUUCUCUUGCUCCUGCUUGGAUGCCAAGUCCCACAGGCACAGGGGAGGCCUUUUUCGACAGACCUGCCUAAGCAAUACUUCACAAUGAUCAAUGAAAUUAUGGAGAUGUUAAACAAGUCACCCUCGCCUUCAGAAGAACCCUUGGACUCAAAUGAGAAAGAGACCUUGCUGGAAGAUACCCUUCUGAGGCCAAACCUGGAUGUAUUCUUGAAUGCUUCCAGCAAAUUCCACAAAAAUGGAUUGCUAAUCUGGAAUAAUCUUAAGGAAUUCCUGCCACUCCUGCCCACUCCCACACCCAGGGGAGAACCAAUCUCUAUCAUGGAGAAUAAUUGGGGUGAUUUCCAAAGGAAAUUGAAAAAAUAUCUGGAAGCCCUUGAUAACUUUCUGAAUUUCAAGAACAAACCCUGAGUCCUAGAAUUCUCAGUCUGAGGCCUUCUCAUCAUGGGGCCUUGGAUGUCAGAUACAGCAGAACACCUGAAGACUCUGGGAUGUCUCUCAUCUCUCCAGUCCAGGACUGGAGGGAUUUCAUUUUCUCCUGUGGAGUCAGAUGAAUUGUCCAUUAUCUAAUUACUGAAACAUGCUGCCUCCAUUUGGCCUUUCAUGACUAUAUUCUCAUUUUUAUCCUAUUUAUUUAUUUAUGUAUGUUUUUAUUUAUUACCAUAUGCAAUGGGAAGUAUAUUUAUUUUAGCAAAAGAGUCUAUGUCCUGUUCCUUCUAAACAAGACUCAAGAGGGGGACAUGGGGCUUGUUCAUUUGUACCUCAGGUUUUAAAUUGAUUUCUACAUCUGAGAAAAUAAA